GCGCAGCUCCCCCGCGCCGCCCCCCCGCGCCGCUCCCCUGCAUCGGCCCCCCCGCGCCGCUCCCCUGCGUCGGGCCCCCCGCCCCGCUUCCCUGCGCAGCUCCUGUGAUUACCCGUCUUGGUGGCGGCCGAUUUGAGCGACCAGAGCUGCCUGGCCACCGCCGACACCGUGGUGGACACGAUCCUGCCCGCAAUCCCUGCCACCCGACGCGAAUCAAUCAGUAGGUGCAGGCGGUAAGGUAGCCAACCAAGCAAACGGAAUGAUAUAGCAAGGCCGAAAGGAGCUUACUUGCGAGGAAGGAGGAUGCGGCGAACGCGGACGGGAAGAAGGCGCUAUUGAGCAGGAGCGCGCCGGCCAGGAGCGCCGGCAGGCCUGGCUAAUCAGUCUCUGUUAUUCGACUAAGGAGCACUAUGUACAUUUCACGUGAAUACACUGAUGAUCUAUCAAUUAUCUAAUUUCAAAUUAUGUUAUCUAAUUUAUAAUUAAGUUAUCAUUAUCUUAUUUAAGAGUGAUUUAUGAUUAAUUGUAUGAUAUAUUAAUUGUUAAUAAUUUAUGAACAAGUUUCAGCUGUGCCAAACAGGGUCGGUGACCAGCUGCUUCUUUAACCAGCUGCUUCUCUGGCCAGCGAGCCACCAGCUGGCUUCUGAACAAGUUUCAGCUGUGCCAAACAGGGCCUAAAUCCAAAACUUUGGUAUCCCUGAAUCCAAAUUGGUGAGCAUAUUUAUGAUAACAUUCAGCAAGAGGUUUUUACAUCCAACAGAAAGAAGAUGAAGAUGACUUGCAACCCAGACAAAUAACAGGUCCCAGUUGCUCAGGGGCUACCAAGCACCCCAAAUGUAAUAAAAUCAUAGUAACCCCUGCAACUAGGAAAACACACACACCCUAAUCCCAAGAUAAGCAUGUGUGGUCACAUCCUGUCCUCUCUUCUGCGCGGGGCGCAGGUUAUGAUCUCAUCGACCCUGAGGAUCAUCUCUGCCGCCUGUGUCGUGGACAGAAGGAUGGCCUGCUUCGCCUUGAACGACUCUUGAAUCCCCAGCUUCUGCAUGUCUCCAACACUGCCCGUGAUGACAUCAAUUCCAGUCGACACAUGAGGAGGACAUUCAAUGAAGAAUGGUUUGUAUUUCAUGUCGAUACGAAAAGACUACCCAUCAUUGAAGCUCUGUUUUGCAAGACGUCAGCAUUGUCGUUUGAAGAUAGAUCCCGACUAGGAAAGUCUAUCAUGGGCUGUCUACUCAAAGCCAUGAAGGAUUGCGGCUUCACGGUGAAACAAUAUGGUGAUUGUAGGUUCACAGUUACUGUAACUGAACUCGAAUUCAAAGAUAGUGCCUCAGCGCUCAUGAGUUUUAUUGAGAGCUUCACUUCUAAGUUGGACGACAAUGCCAAGAAACUGAAAAAGGGUGACAAGAACUGGCUGGAACCUUACAAGAAGUCGACAGUGGCAUACCUUGUUUGUCACACUGAAAAUAAGGUGGUGUUGCCUGACGAUAUUGUGAAGUACAAGCAAAAAAAGUGAGGUGGUUGAGUCGUUAAUGGGUCCAGUGGCUGUGUUUUAAGACUUGUAUCACACUACUUGUAUGGCUGUGUUUUAAGACAUGUAUCAGUCUACUUGUAUGGCUUUAUUCUCUGAAGCUGUUCCACUGUUGCCGUUAGUAAUAGGUGUUGCUUUUGUCUCUGCUCAGUGGGUGAUUCAUUUCAUUCAGAGGUGCUGCAACUUUAA